CUCCCUCCUCACUCCCUCCCCUCCCUAGUUUGGCUAAAACUAUGUCAGCCUCCGAUCUUGCUGCCACCAUGACUAUGUUGCCUUCCGAAGCCUUCCUAGCUUUGUCCUUCCCGGACUUCGAAGGUGGUUUUACGCCUUGGGAGAAUCAUGACCCGUUUUCCUUCGUACAAACCCACCACCAAUCACCGAGCCCGGUUAACUCUAAUUCCGGCUCGGACGAACCACAAAGCAUGCCGCCGGUCUCGGCCGUGGACGAGCGGAAGCAACGACGGAUGAUAUCCAAUCGUGAAUCAGCGAGGAGGUCUCGCAAGAGAAAACAGCAGCACUUAGAGAACCUAAGGAACCAGGUGAACCGGCUUAGAAUCGAGAACCGGGAGAUCAUUAACCGUUUGGGUUUCGUGACUCAUCACUGCCACCUCCUACGUAGAGACAACGACCAGCUACGUUCGGAAUCCUUCGCUCUCAGGCAGAGACUCUCCGAUAUUCGCCCGAUUUUGGUUCUUCGGCAGUUCCAACAUCACCCCUUCCUACCUUCCUCGUCGCUGUGCAAUUCAUUUUCAUCCGUCAACGAAGUGAACGAACAACCUCAACUCCCCUCCUUAAUUGUCUAAUAAAUAAUUCUCCCCCUUUUUUCUUUA